GUCAAACAACUAUCGACUGACGUGUAAAUUCUCCACGGCGAUUCUUGGUUUUCGAAAACGUUUGCGAAACAUUUUCAGUCUACGUUUGUAUUAUCAAUACAUCGAUUCGAUAAGCUAUUAUCGCUUAUGUCCACGUAGUCCUAGCAUAUUAACAGGGGAGAAAAUGUUGAGAUUCGUGUUUUUCUUUGCUGCGGUGCUCCAGUGUACAAUUUCUCAACAGUAUCAGCAGAAAGUUGCCCCUGGCGUGCCUCCACAGAACUACCAGAACUACCAACCCCCGCCUCCCCCUCAACAACCUGUCCAGCAACAACCGCCACAACAACAAUAUCAACAACAGCAGUACCAGCCGCCCCCGCAGCAGUUCCAACAGCUGCCGGUGCAGAACGUCCCCGUCCAACAGGCGCCCGCGCAGCACCAGGCGCAGGGACACGCCCACCACGGCGAUCCCCAGCUCCUGAAUGUUGCCAACAUUAACCAGGAAAGAGACCAUAUCCAGGAGCACAUGGACGUGCCUAUAGAUACAUCGAAGAUGUCCGAGCAAGAGCUGCAGUUCCACUACUUCAAGAUGCAUGACUCCGACAACAACAACAAGCUGGACGGAUGCGAGCUGAUCAAGUCGCUCAUCCACUGGCACGAACAAGGGCACAAACAGCAGCCCCAAGGGGGGCAGGCGCCCGUCGGGGAGAAAAUCUUCAAAGACGACGAACUUAUAAACCUAAUCGAUCCGAUUCUUAACAUGGACGAUCACAAUCGAGACGGCUAUAUCGAUUAUCCCGAGUUCAUUCGAGCGCAACAAAAGAGUCGCCAAGAGGGCAAAGCGUAAAUCUGACAUUCCAAUGACGUUCCUAUUUUGAAUUACGGCGCGAAAUGCUGUGGCGGGAUUUUCUAAAUUUAAAUGUAGUUUUGCAAAUCCAUACUAUAAUAUUGUAAAGAUUUUUGUUUGUCAUGGAUAAACUCGUAAACUACUAGGCCGAUUUUGAUGAAAUUUGACACAGAGAUGUGGGAAACCUUCAGGUUACUUUUUAUUAUGGCUUUACCCGAGCGAAGCCGGGGCGAGCAGCUAGUUAGAUAUAAAUAAAGUGGCCGUACACGAUGCAGUUUAUUCUCAAUAGCAUAAACAGACAGAUAAUUCGACCCUAGGAUAUACUCUCAAUAUUACUUGAGUCAACCGCCACUCGGCAAGAUGUUUAUUGAAAUGUGAGCUUUAUAUCGUUCGUUAAUAGGUAUAUUUUACAUUGACUAGACGAGAGCUGACAGCGUCCGCUAAUAUUUUGACUAUGUAAAGUGUGUCUACUGAGGACGAUUUAAAGCUCAUUUUUCAAUGAACGUCAUCUUAACAUGUGCGAAUGGUGUAAGCUCGCUAUAAAACUGGAUCAUGUAGGAUUUUGGAUGUCUUGUUGACGGCGUCGCUACUGUUAAAUUUUGACAAGAAUCUUUUUUUUUUUUUACUUGUAUGUGUCAUUAUUCUGUAUACCGUAUUUGGAGACUUGCAUUAAGAGCAUAUACUUUUUUUUGUUCAUCCUUAUGGAAAGGCAAAGCGAUCUAAGCCCAUAGAGCCAUAGAGCAUAGACUAUGUUUGAAUCUCACUUUUGUUUUAUUCUCAUAAACAUUUUGAAUCCAUAAUGAUUUCUCUAUAUAGAUAAAUUAUUUAUCGUAAGAAUAUCGUUAAGAUUUGCAAAAAUAUUAAUUAAAAAUUAUAAAAUCGCGCCGCAGAUUUGCUAUUUUUUUUUUUAACAUUUAACUAAUAUUUUGGAGAUAUAUUCUCCUCUUAACAUUUUGUGAUUUCCGAAAAAGCCAGGAAUAAAAUAAUUUUAAGGAUUUUAUUUUGUUUUCAAUUUUAUCUAUGGCUAAUAAUAUAUUCGAAAACAUUCUAAUGUAAUUCCAAUUUCCAAUUUUUCCGAUUUAACGAAAUUAAGAAUUUAAUGUUUCCAAAAAAAAAAAAAACGUAAUCGUAAACUCGUUUUGUUUUAAUUUUUAUACAGCUUUGUAAAUUUGUUUCCAAAAUCUGCCAAGAAUUGCAAUACCAAUUAUAACUUUCAAGAUUGGUUGAUAAACACCCAGUGUUGCCAGCCGACAGGAGACAGCGCCCUCAAUUAUUUUCAUCACUUUCUUGUCAGACUGUAACAAUCCAACCUGUCAAUAUCAAUCAGGGUUUUCGCAAAAUAUUAAAGACGUUAUACUGCAUCUGUAUUAAUUAACUUUAUUCCCCAAAAGUGACAGCCCUACGUUUAGCUUCCAAUGCGUUUAUAUAUCACGUUGAGGUCGCCACUCCCCCCCCCCUCUACCCUCUCAGCCCCUCCAUCGCCCGGCGUGGGGUAGUUUGAAAUUCGACCAUGGGAAUCAAGUAGAAUCCGUCGGUUGUGCUAUCACUUUGGAUGUAGGUACUUAAGCAUCUUGUCACAAUAUAUUAAUACUUGUCUCAAAUUCUAUCCUAACUAAUAUUACAAAUGCGAAAGUAAGUUUGUUUGUUUGUUACCUCUUAACGCUCUAUCUACUCGCCCAAUCUUCUUGAAGUUUUGCAUACAUGUAGUCUGGAGUACGGAGGAUAUAGGGUAACUUUCAUCCUGGAAAAGUAACUGCCCCCGGAGGAAAUCACGCGGGCGGAGCUGCGGGCAAAAAAUUGAAAAACCAUAACUAAACGCCAAAAUAUACUUUUAAAAGUUAGAUGAAGUUUAGGGCAUCUAUCAAAUUCUUUGUCCGAUAUUAUUGCUAUCUCUUUCGUACAGUCUAUAAGUUUGAAAGAGAUAAAGAAUUUGAAAAGUCGAAUGUCACCGUUACGAAAGACUUUUUUUAUUACAAAAAACAUAUCUUUGGAUAUGUUUACGAUUAUUGCAGUAUUUUAAACAAAAUCAGACCUUAUUCCAUUGGCACAAAGUGUUGAUUCGUAUGUAACACUGUACUUACUGAAUUUUAUUAUAAUCAAUAUGUUUGUAAUGAGCGUGAAAAAUAUUACAACGAUGUUUAAAUUAUUCUUUUAUUUUUAUCCAAUCAGAAUAUUUAGGGUAAUUUUUAAUUCACUGCAGUAAUAUAUAUUUUGUUAACCGAGUUGGUUUCCAAUGAAAACAUUUUUAAAUAAUACCGGCCAAGUGCGAGUCGGAAUCGCGCAAUAUCUAUAAAAACGGCGUAAAAAAAAAUCACGUUUAUUGUAUCUAUACAUAGUAUUUAUUUUAUUCUGUUUUUUGCAUGUCUUGUUAUAUAGCGGCAACAUAAAUACGUUGUCGGUUAAAUUUUUUGUCUGUCUAAUUAUAAUUAUUAACGAGAAACAGCCUGGUGACAUAGACAGACGGACAGUGGGACUUUAGUAAUAGCUUCCCGUUUUACUUUAUUGGUGCAGUCUACAGUUGACGGGACGAGUUUGCAGUUAAUUCGGGUAGAUUCAUGUGCCGUUGAUUGUACGGAACUAAAAUUACCCAUUGUAAAAAAAAAUUACUUCUGCUCGCCUUAGAAAGAUUUAACUAUAAAUAUGAUAAACAUACAUGGCAUAGAAAGACAACCUAUGCCAACUUAUUUUUUAUUAUGUAUAUGAUGAGUGUGAUCUGUGAAAAUCCAUAGAUCAUCAAAAAGAAAAAAAAAAAAAGAAAAUUAAUUUCUUGUACGAGUAUCUAAUUUCUCGUGCUUCCAACUGAAAGUAUUCAUUUACUCGAAUUUAAUUCAUUAUUUUUUUAUAUUUCAAUUUUUUAAUGUUUUUAAUCUUAAGCUUCUCUCGAAUGGGCAUUUAAUCGUAUUUUUUUUAAUUUAAAAAUAUCUUUCAAUACCUACUUAAUUUUUACCUUUUACCUACUUGCUUUUUUUUCAAUACUACUUUAUUUCCUAUUUACCUAUAUAUAAGUGUUUUAAUUACGUCAUCUAAAUUAUUAUAAUUUCAACAAAAAGGACCUUACAAUUUCAUAAAUUAGUCAAAAUGUAGCCAUUUUCAGUUUCAAAAGUAUCACAAUGUAAAAUUCAAUGAAAUAUUUUGAAAUGUCAACCACCGCUGCCCUCUAUUGGGAUUCCUUAUGAAGCUUCAGUGGAAAAUUGUUAACUGCGCAUUUUUUAAUACCUAUUUUAUGCCCAUCUCCAAUAUAAAAAUUGUUUUUUUCUCCACUAUUGUUAGUUAGAUAUUUUAUAUAAUAAUUCUAUCCAUGUGGUCGUCCAAAUCAAAAGGGACUUUAUGGCGGCUAGCGCUUAGGUCUAUAAUGCCGUUGUUUUGUAUUGGAACAACGGCAAUAAAGACCUAAAGUGCCAGCCGCCAUAAUGUCCCUUUUGAUUUGGACGGCCACAAAUUAUGGUUAAAUUGCAAAUUGUAAAUAGAUUCAUGGUGUUUUAUGUAUAUUUUGAAAAAAUCGUAAUGUGUUUUGUAACCGAUCGUAUUUUUUUAAAUUUAGAACGUGGAAUUUAUACAUUUCUAUUGAAAUAAAAACUUAAUUGUAUUUUCAAAAAUUGUAUUUUUUUAUUUUAUUAAUUUGAUUGAUUCAGAAUAUUUUUUCGUAUUGACUUAGCUAGUCUUAGACAACAUUAACACUGGUGGACACAAGACUGCUAUAGCAGUUUUAACAAUAAAACUUAUUUUGUUUCGUCGGUUGUCCGCUAAAUUGACAUUAUUGAAAAAAGAAAUACAUUAUUUUAAUUAGAAGCCUUUUUUUGGUGUAAAAAACUUCAUACAUAUAUAUUUUUUAGAUAUUGUAAACAGCAACUUACAUAUAUAUGGCCGUCCAAAUCAAAAGGGACCUUAUGGCGGCUGGCACUUAGGUCUUUAUUGCCGUUGUUCCAAUACAAAACAACGGCAUUAUAGACCUAAGCGCUAGCCGCCAUAAAGUCCCUUUUGAUUUGGACGGCCAUAUAUUUCUGGAUCGACUAAUUGUAAUGGUUGUGCAAGAUGUAAUUAAGAUUGACUGUUGGAAGUUAAAU